AUGCUCAAUGCGAUCGGUUUCUGCUCCUUUGUGCUGGCCAGCGGUGUCGACAGGAGCUCCUGCAUUCGUGCAGCGGAUGAGGUGAUUAGCGCAACACCCAGCAAUUUGCAAGAGCCUGCGACAACUUCUCGCUCCUACAAGAGACAUUUGGCGCAGCAUCUCUGUGGCGUGUCUGAGAGCAUGACAGCGCUGGAACUUGGAAUAUACCAUGGUCACACCACUGCAGUACUGGCCAGCAUGUUCAAGAAAGUGAUUGCGGUGGACUUGAAACAGGAAUUCUUGAAGAAGGCGGCAGAUACCUUAGGAAAGCUCGAAAGAAAAGUGGUAUUUCUGGAAAUGGACCUGUUUGUCGAUGGUUGGAGCCUUUUUGCGGGCAACCGUGUGGAUGUGGUGGUCAUUGACGCCAACCACGGGUAUGAAUACGUGCGCGCGGAUGCAGAGAAUGCACUGCGCUACUUGCCGCAUCUGAAGCACUUGGUGUUCCACGAUACCUGGACGGACGAGGUGGAACGAGCUGUGACGGAACUGGAGUCUGCCGGUAUGAUGAGCUGCCAGAAUAUCGGCCUGGGGGCGGAUGGCAAGGAGUACGACCACCGGGUAUGGGAUCCCCGAACGAAUCGCACCUGGUUUGUGAAACAAACCCGGCCUGAGGGCAAAGUCUGCGAAAAUCGCCACACCCAAAUUUCGGGAAAGGCCAUUGCUCCUAACUUUUGGGAGAAACUGUUCUUGCUGUAUAAACAGCCAGUGACCACCCUGGGUAUGUGCUCAGCUGGGUUCUUCCGCUUCGAGGCCAAUGGUGUGUUAAAGGCAGGCAAUUGGUCUGAAGGCACUUGGAAGAUGUCCAACGUGUCGCAUGACAUGCUGCUGAUACGACUUCCCAAGAUGUCGCCUCGACCCAUGGAGAUCCAUUUUAAUGUGGACCGAAGCGCCUUUCUGCUGACGCAGAUGGGUCACACGCAUGCAGACUGGUUUGGCAUCUUGGAUCAGAUGGUGCAGCGGCCUUUUCACCUGGCUGCGAUUCUGUCCAGAAAUCAGGAUGGCAUCGAGCUGGCGCUGGAUGCGGGGACCUAUCUAGUCACGUUGAGCAUUCGAGCCAUUGGCAAUACACCCUUGGCUUCGUGCUCUACCUUUUCAUUAAAUCUGCUUCUCAUCCAGCACAAGAUGCUGCCCGUUUGUCCGUGGGCUAGCAGUUCUUCGGACCAGUCGGCGGCCGCAGAGGCGCAACGCAGCGCCAGCGAUCACAUUGGCAACGUACUCAAACGACUCGUGCCCAAGAAAAUCUCCAAAGAAGUUGAAGAGCAGCCACCGGUGACACUUUGGAUGUCACAGGGCAUGUCGAAGUUCGUGGAUCUCACCGUGGACUCAAUGGCUGCCGUUCGCAUCGACGUGUCAGUGCAACCUCCGUUCCUUCCAUUGGAGGUUGAACUCAGGAGGAAGCGGCAAGUGGGCAAACUGGAAGCGGCGGUGGCAACAGCGGAGUGGACCGAGCAUCGCCUCUUGCUGAUGUACAACGACCUGCCUCCCGGGGAGUACCAGGUGAACUUUUUACAGAGUCGAGAAUACAUGGCAUUUUCCAACCAAGCCAAAGAGGAUUUGUCUGAGCUGUGUGCUCAUUUGACGAUUUCUGCAGAGGUGGGUAUCUCCUCCAAAGAUGCAGUGAAUUCCAUGCGUUCCGAAUUGCUCGACCUGCCGGAUUUAUUGGCAGUUCAGCCAUUGCCGCCGAGCAUGAACAUGGUUGGAUGGAUAACUGGGAGCACGACCGAGGCAGUUGGGACGCAGGUCUACCGGUUUUCGGAUAACGUCCACACCUCACAGCUCACCUUAGAAGAGAAGGCCAUCCUGCGGGUGGUGAGCGAGCCUGCGGACUUGUCCAAUGCCGAUAUUCUUGUUUCCCUCGAGCAGAACGGCCGGAGCAUAUCGGAGUCAGAUCGAUUAGGACAGCUGGUGGCGGAGAUUGACAAAGGUAGCUAUGUCUUGAAGCUGAAGCCCAAAGCAGAGGCGCCCUUUCUGGUGACGCUGGCGGCAGCCUAUGAGACACGGAUACGUUCAGAUCUGGCGCUGAUAGAUGCUGGGUCCUGUGCUGAUGUUCUGCCGGACUUGGCAGCAGGGGUGGAUUUCACGGCCAAUGCGUGGACCAUAGGCCCGACCUUCGUAAGGUUGCGAUCCAGCUACCUGACACAGCAAGGAGCUUUGAUGAAGGUGCCUAUCUCCCUAGCAGUCUCCUCUGUGGUCUACUUAGAGGUGGGCUCUGCCUUACCACUGGAUCUGGUGAGGAUUGCUCUUCAGGUGCCUGAAGGACUGUGGGUGGGCGAGCAGCGCGGCUUCCGCAACUCCUUGGAGAUUGAGCUGCCAGCUGGGAAGUACACUAUUGAAAUUGGCCAGCCAAAGCCAUCCCACCUUGUCGAAGAUAUCCAGAGGUGUCUGGACUUCAGUGUCUACGUGCGGUGCAUGCCGGUGAAUCCCGCGCUGGCUGACUCCAGUUCGCAGGGCCAGAACCCCUCCAAUGAGCUUGCAACACAGGACGAGGCUGCCGUGCAGACGGCCUCAUGCUUCUCGAUGGGCACUGUGGCCCUUCCUUUGGAUUUUUCCAACGAGAAGGGUGGCUCAGCAUCACUUGGAGGUCCUCUUGAUAAGGAUGGGCGGCUUCUUAUCCGGAGCAAUGUGUUGCUGACCGACAUGCAUGAUGGCCGCAAGAAGGUCUUCCUGGCCACGGGAAAUCACGCCCUGCAGCUGAAGACUGCUGUUAUCCUGGGAGGGUACUCAAGAUUCUCUCUGGCUUCACAAGUGGCAUUCACAGUCACGGACACUCGAGAUAGCUCCAUGACCACGCAGACAGAGACUUGGACCAUGGAAGAUGGCUGGGAAAGGAUCUACAAUCUCAACCCGAACUCAGAGUACUGGCUAUCUUGGCAUCACACGCACCGGGAGAGGUCUGAGUCGGCCUGUCUCCACUUUGGACUCAUGCUGGAGGUCCAUCCCAUCAGUGACUUACCGAGGAUGAUGGCUUGCCCCGGGAGCACCAUGAAUCCGGAGGACAUGUUUCCGCCCUCGCUGGAUGCAACUUCGACUGAAGCCUUCAAGUAUAGCAAGCCUUUAGCCUCGCUGGUGCAAGCACAGCUAGGAUUUCUGACCAAGACCCGCAUCUCCUUAUCCAGACCUGCAUGGGUUGGAAUUGAGGUGGGCUUCAACUACUUCAUCUCGCAUGCCGAGAUGGAUGUGGUCCCUGCCCAGGACCCUCAGACGUCCCAUCCCUUGGUGCUCAGCGUCAUGGAGCCGGCGAAUGGUCGCGAGAACAUGAUGAAUGCCAAGCUGAUUGCAGGUGCUGUGCUACCGCCGGGGGACUAUCUCAUUCGAGUGGCCGACGAUCAUUACAAGGAUCAGAUCAAGACCAGCCGUGCGUGCUUCCCAUUCUCCUUCGAUGUCAACAUCGUUUACAGCGGUAGCCGCCCCAAGGUGCUUUCCGUCAAUCCUUUGGCUUCAGUUCCUUUGGUGCGUGGUGUCGACGUCGUGCUAACCUUGCGCUUUUCCGAGUCGCCUAAGGGAAGCAUAGAGGACGUGGUGAGUCAGAUCUCCUUCGCCGGAUCUGUGGCAACCACGGGGGGAUCUGUGGAGCACUUCCAGAGUCGCUUUGCGAGUGCUAGUCGUACCAAGACCAUUGUGCAAGCUUCGGUCUCCGAAGGGCAGAAGCUUUGGGUCCUGGCCUGGAGUUCCCAGGUGCUGGCAGACAAGUCCUUGACCAGUGCUCAGUUGGAGAUCGGACCGAUCAGGUCCACCCCGUCCCGAGCGCGUGCCUUGGGCUAG